AUGAUCAAGUACAUACUAGUUCUCACAUUUGUAGCCUAUUGUAGAGCGGGAGGCUAUGGUGGUGGUGGAGGAGGAGGUGGUUAUGGCGGUAGUGGUGGUGGUUAUGGCGGUAGUGGUGGUGGUUAUGGUGGAGGAUAUGGUGGAGGAAACGGUGGUGGACUGGGAUUUGGCGGUGGCGGCGGUUUCGCCGGCGGUAUAAUUCCUGCAGCCAUUACUACCCGACACACUGUUGACGUACGGCCUACUAAUGUACAAUCCGAGCCGGUAGUACCCCAGACAGUGCUGGUCGAUGCCGGUAUUGUGCCGCUGACCAUAAUGUUUAGGUCGAUGUCCAGCAAAAUGAAUGUCGUUCAGCAACAUAUUGGCGGUUCGGGUGAUACCCAACAUACGUCAUCGGAGGACGAACCGCAUAAACUCGUUCAUCGGGUAACCAAACCGAUCAUACAGGAGGUACGCGAAGUGAUUACACCCUACAGACGAGUCGUACAGGAGAUACAACCGGUUGUCGAAGAUAUCCAGACUAUUGUUGCCAGCGGUCAGGCUAGAGGUGGUGGUGGUGGCGGCGGCGGUGCUUUGGGUGGUAUCGGUGGAGGAAGCGGUUUUGGCGGUGGUUUCGGUGGCGGUAAUGGUGGCGGAGACGGUGGCGACGGCGGUCACGGAGGUUAUGGAGGUUAUGGUGGCCACAGCAGCAGCAGCUAUGGAGGCGGCGGAUAUGGUGGCGGACACUAUGCCGGUGCUCGUCGAAGAGCCGCAAAGGCUGCCAAAGCUGCCGGAGCUGCCGCUGCAUCAGCCGCUGCCGGUGCUGCCGGUGCUGCUGCUGCCGGUGCCGCAGCUGCCAGUGCUUAG